GACCUCGACCUUGCCAACAUCCGGGCACUGAAUCCUACGCGCGAAAUGUCCGUCUUGCCGAAGUAAACACACGGAGUUGUCGAUCAUUUGUCAACCUUAAAGAAUGCUUGACAAUGCAGUUGAGGAGAAGAACUGAAGACAGGUGCCCUUGCGGCUGUGCCCAGACUACUGUGCCUGCCGGGUCACAUGCCCUUCAGGAAUGUAAUAAAGAGAAGAAGAAGCACGUGAUACAAGAUAGCAGUGAAAUACCAGAGAAUAAUCCUGAAACUCCUUGCAAGCAGUUGAAACGGUUCGAUACAGCUCGAUACAACAAUGGUAUGAAUGGGUUGGAAGCUCCAAAUCUAAUUACAUCCUCACCAAUUCAAAAGAAAAUUCACAAAAAAGGUAGUAAUCCCAGAAAGGGUGUAUUGCACGCCGUAAAAGAAAACAGCCAAACUACUAUCAGUCCAGCGAGAACAACUUUCCAUGGUACUAUGUUUUCUCCAAUGUACCAGUUUUACGGCACCAAUAAUGAUACACUGUGUAAAAAUCUGGACCUUGCAGUUCCAGACACAUUGCAGAAAAGUGACCCUGACCGAGCUUCUUCAAGUAAAGAAAAUGAAGAGCCUCCUGAGAGUCUGAUCUCGUCCGUGUCGGAAUCAGCGCUGGUAGAUCCUGAGACAGGCAGCACUGAAGAAGACAACCUUUCCCUCCUUCCAACUACGGUGUCACAAUCCAGUACAAGUGCAUCUGAAGGGCACAGUGAUGCAGACACUAGUGACAUGGUUGCACCAUUUCCCAUUCCAGGUGAAGAUGAAGUGUUUGAGGAAUGGGAACCAGAACCAGAGCCAUUUGAUCCAUAUCAUUUCAUCCGUUCACUUCCGCCUCUCACAGAUGAACUGCGAGCACGUGCACCAGCACUGCCACUCAAGACACGCAGUUCGCCAGAGUUCUCCCUUGUUCUCGACUUGGAUGAAACUCUGGUUCACUGCAGCCUAACUGAGUUGGAUGAUGCCGCAUUCACUUUUCCUGUUUUAUUUCAAGACAUCACCUACCAGGUUUUUGUUCGUACAAGACCAUUCUUUCGGGAGUUUUUAGAAAGAGUAUCACAAGUGUUUGAAGUAAUACUGUUUACUGCUUCAAAGAAGGUGUAUGCUGAUAAACUGAUGAAUCUAUUGGACCCUCAUAAAAAGUUAAUCAAGCAUAGAUUGUUCCGAGAACACUGCGUGUGCGUUAAUGGCAACUAUAUUAAAGACCUUACUAUACUUGGCCGUGAUUUGUCAAAAACCAUCAUUGUGGAUAAUUCACCGCAGGCGUUUGGCUAUCAGCUUGAUAAUGGCAUCCCAAUUGAAAGUUGGUUUAUGGAGCGUACUGACCAGGAACUAUUGAAACUGCUGCCGUUUCUGGAGAGUCUUGUUGCCAUGAAUGAAGACGUACGACCUCAUAUCCGACAGCGCUACCGGCUCUUUCAGAUGUUACCACCAUAAUCGACGUUACCAUCGUUUUUAUUUUUAUUAUAAUUUUUUUUUUAAUCCGGGGGAACUAACUCCUCUUGUGUCCUGAGCUGAGCAGACUAUUGUAUAAACAAACUCACACCUCCUCCAACACAUCUAUUACUUCUAUAAUACUACUGUUACUACUACCACCACCACCACCACCACCUCCACAACUACCACCACUACCACCACCACCCACCACCACAUUACCAUCAUAGCUGAGAGGACACAAAAGGAGAACUAAAAGUCCACUGGAACUUUGUUUUUUUUUAAAUUUUUUGUUUUGUUUUGUUAUUAUCCAUAGGAUCCCUCCCCAUCACUCUAAAUUUAAAAAAAAAA